UUGACAGCAAAAUGGCGUUCAGAUCCAUCUUCCGUUUGGACCGCUGCAAACAACAAGCAUUUUUUGCUUUUUCUGCUCUCUCAAAAGCUGGCAAAAGGGAUGCUCAUCGAUUCCUACCUGGGAGUUUAAGACUUUGUGCAGCGGCUUACUGUUCAGCACCAAGCGAUAAUGGUGUGCAGUGUGAGUACCAGAAUGGUCUCCCUGUCCUACUCGUACCUCUGCCCUCAAGACGAGAACGCUGCCAGUUUACCCUGAAACCCGUAACAGAGACAGUCGGUGACUUCAUCAAUCAUGUUAAAGCUGAAGAUGGGGGAGUGGAUAGGGCAGGAAUAUACAACGAAGAAGGAGUGAAGAUUGCUAAAUCUACAAGCAUCGAUGUUCUGAUGAGAAAUCCAUUCACGUUAACAAUCAACGAUGAUUCCUUCAGGGUUGAUCCUCCAGAGUUAGUGAAGCUAAUCAGUGAAGAUGCGAGAACGAUGGCAGAUGUCAAGUCUAUGAUCUAUCAGCUUUAUUCUACUCUUCACGUCGAGCAACAUCAACUAGAGAAAGAGAAAGAUCUACGAGGACAACUGGAGAAUCUCAAAGUAGAAAUAGAACCCAUGGAAAAGCUAAGAUUAGAUUUGGAAGUGAAAGCCGCCCGUAAUGCCAACAUGUGGGUGUGGGGCGGACUGGGUUACAUGGGACUUCAAUUUGGACUCCUAGCUCGACUGACUUGGUGGGAAUACUCCUGGGAUAUUGUGGAACCUAUCACAUACUUUGUGACGUACGGUGGAAUGAUCUUCAUGUAUGGUUACUUUGUUCUGACCAGACAGGAAUAUACUAAUCCAGACGCAAAAGAUCGACAGCACCUCCUUAGCUUUCAUAGGUUUGCCAAGAAACAAAAAUUGGACAUCGAGAAAUACAACCAACUCAGGGACCAAAUAACACAGCUGGAAAUGGAUCUUGGAAGACUACGCGACCCCUUGACCCUUCACCUCCCAAUCACACCGCCCCCAGCAGAGAAGAUAGAAGAAUGAUUGUACCCUUCUCGUAGACAUUACUAACAACAUUUGAAAACAUGAAGGUAUCGGAAAACUAAAAAACUUAUCCUACAAAAGAGUGUAUGAAUCAAAGGCACAACCAAGUGCCCCUAGUGUGAUUCAAACCCAUAACGUACGACAUUCUAGAAUAUAUGCUUAAUGCAUUCUGAGCACUGUGUGAAAAAACCCUCUGGCAGCCUGUUUGGGAUUUGAACCCACAGUUUGUGGCACAUUCUAAAGCAAAUAUCGUCACCAUUUUUUCAUUUAUAAAACUUAAAAGCUUGUACCCAAAUGCCUACAGCUGCCGCAAAACAAACCACUGAUUUACUCUCAUUAACCAUGUGCAUGUACAAAGCCGGAGCGACUUGUAUAUAAACCAGUUUAUAAACAGUUUUUAAACUGAUUUGCUGCAUAUAAUGAAAAUGGACUGAUUUGAUUCAAAGAUAAUUGUUUUAUAAAGCACAAACAGGGUGUGUUAAAAAUGUUUAAGAACAUAAUAAAUAUUAUUGUAACGGGGGCCAAUUUCAUUGGGCCGCUUAAGACAAAAUAUUGCUAAGCAGAAAUUAACAGGAUACUUGUCCCAAAUUGUACAUGCAACAUGUGAUUUAGGUUGGUAACCUUAUUGUGGUAAGUAACAAUGUUUUCUGCUGAAGUGGCUCCAUGAAGUUGGGGUCUAAAGAUGAUUUGUAAAUAGUUAACAAUAUGAAAAGAAUUGGUCUCUAAUAAGUGCCAGUGGGUUUGUUUGGAAAUGAAUAACAUGACAUGGUCCAAUAUUUGGCUUUACUAUUAAUCCAUGUACUAUUAAAAUAUGGAAAUAUAGGUAAUUAUAUAUCUGAUUAUUGAACUUUUGUAGUGAUGAAAUUAAAAUUUUUAUAUCUAAAUGUGUUCGUAGAUUAGUUAUAAUUCAAUUUCUAAGAAAAAGUAACGCAAGAUGCGAAGCAGAAAUGUUUGUGGUGAGCAUUUACUUAAACUAAGAAAACAUUUAAAUUCUACUGCAGUUUGGCUGGUAAAGAAUUUUAACCUCUUCUGCAAAAUAAGAUUUAGAGAGCUAAAAAUUAAGUUCAUAAGAAGCAGCGAAAAUGAAAAGACUAGUUAGGUAAGCAGAAACAACAUUUGCUAAGCAACUUGUACCAGCUAAAACACCAUGUGAUAUACUGUGUGUGUGACUGGGUUUCUGCAAAUAUCUGCUCAUUGAAAACUUGCUUAGCUUAGCAAUAUAUCCUGCCAUUAAAAUUAAUUCCGAGGUCUACAACAAAAAUUGCAGGUUUUUUUUUCCAGCCUCCUUUAAGUUGGUAUGGUGAAGUUAAAAAACUCUUUCCUGUUGGUCAGUUUAAGUUUUUCUUUUUCUUGUAGAUUUUUCUUCCCGAUCUAAAUUUGUUCCCCAUUAAAAAAGUUUCUCUCAAAGUUGUUCAUUCAAUGCCUUGAUAAAAAAAUCAUUUGUACAGUUUUUUUCUUACAGAUAUUAAUUAUUACUUUUCAAAUAUUAACUAGUUGUGUGUUACAAAUAUUUUAUGCAAUAGUAAUUCCAUUUGCAGGAACAUUAAACAUAUUAUUGCCAGAAAUCAGAAUUGUUAUGAGAAAUAAUUGUGUAAUCAUUAGAAUGUUGAAUGCACUUACAGUAUAGGUAUUGCUAUGAAAUAAUUUAACACAUUUUCACAAGGUUUUUAAUUCAGAAGUUUGUUAUGAUAGUUUUUCAAUUUUGUGAUCGCCUUCUUUAGAGCGUUGUAUGGGAACCAUCUAAGGGGUACUUAAGAUGCAACAUGGGAUUAAUUUUCGCUCCAAUUAUAGAAUUAAAUUCUGGUACAGCUAAAAGCCAUGUUGAACAACUUCAGACCCAGUCUGGAUGAAGCAACUUUAGCCAUAGAUCUGACUAAUGCAGCUCCAACUUUAGGCAAUUGCUUCAAAAGAUUGGCUGAAAAACACUUUUGAAGCAGUUUGAUCAACUUUCAAUUCUCACAAUUGUAAAUGUAAAUGAUUGAAGAUACAAAGUGGUCUGGGAAAAGAGUUUUUAAUUGUCAGGUACUAUUUACCAUAUUUAUUUGUGUACUUUCUUUUAAUUAUAGAUUAUUAACAUUUUGUUAAUUUUGAAUAUAUAAAGUGAUGGUGAAAACUUUAUUUAUUUAUAUUUAGACAAUUUGAUGCAUAGUAUACGAGACAAGUAAGAUUUGAAGUGGUGUGUGUAGAACUAUUCAACAAAACAGUUGACUAGUUUAUGUCAACCAACACCCAACAUUUGUGCAUGAUUAAGGACUGUGUGUACACAGUGCUAGUUUCAUGUUCCUGUGGGCUGCUCAGCUGGGAUUCUAACCCCCAACCACUUAAGUCUAGGGUAGAUGUUUUCACCUUUAGACCACUCAGCAUGGCCAAUGAAAAGAGGAUAGUUCAAAUUAGUUUCUUGUAAAAAUGUUUAUUAAGAACUGAUUCAAAUAUUUGUUUUAAUUGAAUGAAGAAAACAACCAUCCACUACCAUUAGGUCCAAUAGUCGUUUAAAAGUUCAAUUAACCUUUCAAAGUUUUGUCUGAACAUUUACUUCGUUUGAACUUUCAGCUUAAAAUAGUUAUAUAUUGGAGGCAAAUGUACACAUGUAAGUUUAUCUGUAAAAAUUAACUUGGAUUUAUUACUGACAUUGUAAUUAGUCCACUCUUUUCAACUUUUCUCCUUAUAAGAUAAAUAAAGAAAUAAAAUUGACAAAACUUUUUCA